UGGGGCCCGGUGCGGGAGGCUGAGCUACGCCCAGGCCCGGGGCCCCGCCGGGCACCGAGCAGCGGGCAGAGGGGCACCCGGGAACACGGGGCGCAGCCAAAAGGCAUAGCACCGGGCUGCUCCAUGUCGAGGAGGCUGCGGAGGAGCAGGAGGCUGGAAAAGCAGUGGCAGAGCCUGGAGGAGAGAGGCAGCGCGCAGCUGGACCCGCACCCUGCGCUCGCCAGAUCCAGAACCUACGACGCCUCCACCUGCACCGAGACCCCGGAGGCGUCAGGUCACCCAGGAUCCCUAAACCCGCUCAGCAAGCACUGUGCUGCCUUCCAUAAAGCCUUUGAGGAGAUCGCAGGGCGUGAGGCUCUGCUGGCCUCCUUCUCCUGUGCCUGGCAGCGCGAGGUGCCCUACCACGGCCGCCUCUAUGUCUCCUCCGGGCACCUCUGCUUCCACGCCAGCCUGCUGCUCAGGGACAUCAAGGCUGUUGUCCCAGUGGCUUCUGUCUGUGCCUUCAAGAAGACCAACACGGCACUGCUGGUGCCCAAUGCACUCAGCAUCCGCACGGAGCAGGGAGACAAGUUCCUCUUUGUGUCGCUGCGCCGGCGUGAGGCCACCUACCAGCUGCUGAAAUCGCUCUGCAGACACCUGCAGGACGACACCUGGAGCCCCCCAGCCUCUCCCCUCAACCACAGCAGUGAGCAAAGCCCUACGAAAUCCUUGACCUCGAGCCACUCGGAUUUGGAGCAGUGCACACCGGAGCCCGACGGUCUCCUGGAGCAGCAGGAUGAGCCGAACCCGAUGCUGAACAGAGCAGAGGAGGAUGAGGAAAAAGAGGAGGAGACGGCAGAGGCCAUUCCAGUUCUGGGCAGAGGGCGACCCCGCACAGCACUGCCAGCCCAAAGCGCCGCACAGCUGUGUGCUUUCAACACCAUCAUCGUGCUCUACCUGCUGCUGAUGGUGGCUUUGCUGCUGACCUCGGGGUACAUCGGGCUGCGCAUCCUGGAGCUGGAGCAGCAGCUGGCGGCCAUGGGGGCUUGGCCAGAGCUCAGCCUGGUGCAGCGGCACAAGAAGACGUGAGGCCAGCAGGGACCUGGCUGGCACCGGGCCACCAGCACAUGGGACCGGCUCUGGGACCCCCCAGAAGGUGGGGGGGAGGAGGGGGUCCCCACGUACAUUCCAGCACCCCCAGGGAGCCCCCGCGGGCCGUGGGGCUCCAUCCCACCCCCUUCCCUCCGUUCUUCAGCCCCUGAGCUCAUUGUGUGAGCACUGAUCAGAGGGCAAAGCCAGAGCCAGGCCCCCACCGUGGGAGGCAGCCACCUCCAGGGAUGCGGGCACAGCGGGGCCUGGUGGGCACAGGGAGACGGAACUAUUUUUAUUAAUAAAGAGCUGACGUGGUGCUAGCUGUGCUGCACGGGACAUCGGGGGUAGAGGGUCCCCCACCACAA